AUGACCGAUAUAUCUUUACAGUCUAAUAACGGAUACCACGUUGGUGAUACGAUUUACUUUAAACACCCUACAGAAAGUUGGAUCCGUGGAAGUUUAACAACUAUAAAAAGAGUAUCAAAAAAAGAUGGAUUUACACGUGUGGUCUACGGUUGCUCUUCUCUUUUACAGGAAUGCUAUAUGGGUGAUUUACUCAACGACCCUUCUCUUCUUCAUGUUUAUCCAUUACAAGAGGAAGAUAUUCAUCAUAUUCUCGAGUCCUGCAAGGAACCAACAGCAUUUAAUACAUUGAAUGACCUUCUGGAUCUUGCAUACCUUCACGAUGCAACUUUACUUGAACAAGUGCGUGUACGAUACUAUGAAAACCUUAUUUAUACACAUAUUGGACCUAUAAUGUUGGCCCUUAACCCUUAUGAUUUUACGCUUCCAAACUAUACAGAGGAUAAGAUGCCAAAAUAUAUUGCGGAAGGAUCUUCAGUAAUUGAAGGACGUUCACAAAACUUACCUCAUGCAUGGACAGUAGCUCAUUACAGUUACUGGCGUAUGUGUUCUGACAACUAUAACCAGAGCAUUAUUGUUAGUGGUGAAAGUGGUGCUGGGAAAACUGAGACAGCAAAAAUUGUUGUUAAAUAUAUUGGUGCUGUUUCAACAACUCAAUGUAGUUUGAAAGAAAAAGCUUCUAUUGAAGAAAUGACCAAAAAAGUAAGAUUGACUUCGCCAAUUCUUGAAGCAUUUGGUAAUGCAAAAACAAGAAGAAAUGAUAAUAGUUCUCGUUUUGGGAAAUUUAUGAAAGUAUUUUUUAAACCUUCACCUAAUGGUGCUGUAGUUACAGGAUCUUUAAUAAAUGUAUACCUACUCGAACGAUCCCGUGUUGUAACUCAUGGUUUUGAUGAGCGUGGUUAUCAUAGCUUCUAUCAGCUUCUUGCUAGAGAUAAUAGUACAGAAAAGCAACAACGACUAGAUCAAUUACAAUUAAAUUCUGCUGAAAAUUAUCAAUGUACUUCUAUUGGAGGUGCUACAAUAAUUGAAGGAGUUAAUGACGCUAAUGAUUUUAAUGAUGUUAUGCAAGCAAUGCGUUUUGUUGGCAUGAGUACAACAGAUAUCGAUCAAGUUUGGAAUACAGUUGGAGUAGUAUUACAUUUGCUUUCCUUAAAGUUUAAAACAGUUACAGAUGAUGAGUGUUGUAUUGACAUGACUGAAAAGGAUGCUAAACUUCAUAUACAAAUGGUGAAGGAGCUUUUGGGGUUAUCAGAUGACAUAUUUUUUAAGGAAUUAACAACAACGACACAUCUUACCCGUGGAGAAACAAUCAUUCGAAAAUUACGCCAGUCUCAAGCUUUGGAUCUAUGUGAAGGGGUUGCUAAAGCUCUCUAUGAGUCUCUUUUUUUGUGGCUAGUUGGACGUAUAAAUGAAUUAAUAAAACCUCCUCAGGUAAGUAAUCAAUCUUUAGUAUCAUGGAUUGGAUUACUCGAUAUAUUUGGAUUUGAAAAUUUUUCUCAUGGUAACUCAUUUGAACAGUUAUGCAUUAAUUUGGCGAAUGAAACACUACAAAAUCACUAUAAUAGCGUUGUCUUUACACGUGAUAUGGAUGAAUGUCGUAAAGAGGGUAUUAAUACAGAAAAUGUUGUUUUUUAUGAUAAUCAACCCUGCUUAGAUCUUAUUUGUGGAUUGGAUUUUUCAUCCUGUGGACCAAAUGGCGGUUCAAAAAUAACAAAUAAAAUGUCUAUUCUACAUCUUCUUGAUGAAGAAUCUGUACUUGCAAAAGGAAAUGACUUAUCAUUUCGUGAGAAAAUCUGUGAUUUGUACGGUGGUCGACUUCUUGAUGGUAAAGGAGGACAUUCUAAUUUUCUUCGAGUUAAAACGGAUCGUAGUUCAUUUAUAAUAAAACAUUAUGCUGGUGAUGUUAUAUAUAAUGUGGAUGGAUUUCGUGCCAAAAAUAGUGAUACUACAAAAGAAUCUCUAAAAGAUGCUAUACGUUCUAGUACGAUUCCAUUUAUUGCUUCUCUUUUAAACCAAAAAUCCUCAGAAACGGUAAUGAGUGUUAAAUAUACAGUUGGAUCGUUUUUUAAAAAUCAACUUAUUCAGCUUAUGAAUGAAAUAAAUGGAACUCAUCCUCAUUGGAUACGCUGUAUUAAGCCCCAUAGCUCAAAGAAACCUCAUAUGUUUAAUGGUAAUGAGGUCAUGGUACAAAUGCGAUCUGCUGGAGUUCUUGAAACUGUAAAAAUUCGUCAAAAUUCCUUUUCUGUUCGUCUGCCUUUUGUUGAUUUUGUAAAAGCGCACAGAGUUAUUUUAACAUCUAUCUCUCCUAUUAUUGCUUCACUUGGACAUUUUGAUGAAUAUGAUGUGAAGAAAUUUCAAACUUCAUUUCCUUUAAAUUUAUUUGAUCGUGAAGCAGCAUUGGAAAUUAUGCGGCGAACUGGUGUUCAUUCUUUUAAUCAGGGACAAGUUGGGAAAACAAAAGUUUUUCUUAAGGCAAAUGUGUCACAACACUUGUCUUCUAUUGUACGUGCUAUACAAAGGGGCUGUAUUCUCACCAUUCAGACAGCUCUCUGUCAAUAUCGCUCGCGUCGAGAAGUACACAUACGACAUCUUCGUCUCCAACUUCGCAUUAUCACUGCUACUAUAUAUGCAUUACAUUCACAACAUGAAAUGCGACAAAGAGAACUACAUCAGAAGGAGAGAUAUCUUCUUCAAACAUUUAGAGGAAUUCUCCUUUUACAGAAUAAUGAACUUGAAGAACGUAACCUUCUUGAAAAAGAGCAACAUGACGCCUUUUCAGUUAUUCAAGAAAUGUCUGUAAAGGAUCAUGCUGAUAUUCAUGAACGCUGGUUUAAACAGAAACAAAAAGAGUACCAAGCAAAGAGAGAAGCCCUUGAAGACGCGGAAAAUUCUUCUCGUUCUCUCUUUUUGACUGAUGAAGCCAUUAGUCGAGGUUUACUACGAGAGUUGAUGGGAUUCAAUAUUUCUGAAAAAGAUGGGCGAGAUGAUAUUGAACUUGAAGAAGCUAUGGAACGAAAAACCUCUCUAGGAAACGCUUAUGAGGUUUUCUUAUUACGCCUAAAACAGUGGUUUCUUCAAAAAGUUGAGGAAGAAAGAUUAAAAUUGGUAGACUUGGAAAUGGAAUAUCGUAAGAAAGUUCAAAGAUACGAGCAUCAUAAUCUGUGUUGUAUUCUUGCAUUCAUAGAUCUUUUUUUGGAAGAAUUAUCAUCACGUACGUCAAUCAUUCGUGAAGAAGAAUGUUGUUUUGAAGAAUACGCCGAUACUUGGGCAAAAGAGUGGACAGAGGUUGAGAAACACUGGUGGACACGGAAAUCUAUCAUUGAUCGUCGAGCACUUUUGCUAUUGCAAAGAACUGAGGCAGAAGUUCGACUUGGUACCGAGUCUGCAUAUAACAAGUCAUUGACUGCCUUAAUUGAAGCUCUUGUUGAGAAUGAACGAGUAGCCCGUCAAAGAGAAAAUGAGCGACUAGAGUUGGAAGAAGAAGAAAGGAUGCUUCUGGUAGAAGAAAGUCUAGCUAGGGAGCGUGAAGAAGAACGUCAGAGGAACGAUGCUGUACGGAAAGCAGCGCAAAUGCUUUGGCAGAAUAUGUUAGAAGAUCAGAGAUUAGUAAAGGAAGUUAAGCGAAUGGAAGAGCAUAUAAAUAAAAUUCGAAUGGCACAAGCCCAAUUAACAAGGGAGUAUACGUUACUCUGUAGGCGCAGAGAAAUUGCUCAAAGAAAGUCUGGUCCUGUUGUUAAAAAUGCAAUUGAGAUGAAAGAAUUAGAAGAGUACCGACAGAAGCAGAAAAACUUAUCGCACUCACUCCUCACUGCUCAACAAAAACUGUUAGAAAUGCAAGAUAAAAUAAUGACUUUCCGUUACUCAAAUAGACUUGAGUCUCUGACGCACAAGGAGCCAUCAGAAAUUCAAUGCAAUGAAUUACCAGCCUUACAGGAGGAUGUUUCACUUCUCUCUUUACGACGCAUGUCGGUUAGUGAAGAAGGAUCUAUGAAUCUUAUUCAUCGCAUGAACAUAACAACAGGAAUGGCCCAUAGCUGGGCACGUGAAUCAAGCGUCUCAUCCAGUACUAUAUCGGCUUUUAACCGUCUUCAGGUAUAUAGACGAUCUCGAGAUCAGCAAAAACGUCUCAACCUACAGAUGAUGACAGAUACCACGCCAAAAUCCCAGAAGCAAGAUUCCAAAUCUCGAUUACCAACAGACUAUUGUGAAAUGACGAAAAAUAAUUUUAUUGAGCGAAAUCCAUUUAAAUCUGACUGGUCACCUGGUGUACCUGAUAGGUAUGGAACCUAUUGGGUCUACACCCCAAACGGUGACCGUGUACCAUUGGUUCCUUUCGAAAAGAAUCAACAGGAGGACAUCAAGAGUAUUCAUGUCGUUGAUUCAGAUGAACAGGUCUAUAGGAGUUCCCCAGAACCAAAUAUUCCCACCUUUCACUCGUAG